UCCACUAAAUGCAGUGGGAGUGUUUCGUGUCAUCCGAGUGUUCUUCUCUAACACUGCCCCUUUACAAACGGAAAAAGACACAAAAAAGAUCAUUUACGCUCACUGCAUGCCAGUGCUGGAUGUAUAUUGGUCUUCGUUGUGUGUAUGUUGCUGGAGCUCAUCGGAUCUCGAGCGCAGGUGGAGGAUCAUUUACCGCAUUGAUCAGCUGAGCCGCGGAGUUCAGCAUCAGCAUCACUGAUCAUCGGUGUGAGUGUUUGUUCAGUGUAGUGAGCCGUAUUGAAGCUUCCUGUCUGGAUCUCUGCCACCCCUCACCCCCCGCUGUUCUCUGCCACUGUUCAGCACCACAGGCUGAAUAACUCCACCAUCAUCACAGAUUGGACCCUUGAGACCUGCCAGCUCAGAUCAAGAUACUUCAGGAACUAAGACCCAGUGAGCACUUGUGCCCCAUCCAGCCCCCCAGAGCGCCUCUGGGCACACUGGCACAGCUGCACUGUAGGACUAGUCAUGAGUGAAUUCUGGUUGUGCUUCAACUGCUGUAUCGCCGAGCAGCCGCAGCCGAAGAGGCGGAGACGAAUAGAUCGGAGUAUGAUCGGCAAGCCAACCAAUUUUGUCCACACGGCGCACGUAGGGUCUGGAGAUGUCUUCAGUGGCAUGAACUCUGUGAACUCAAUUCAGAAUCAAAUGCAGUCAAAGGGCGGGUAUGGAGGAGAGGCCAUGCCUGUUAAUGUACAAAUGCAGCUGGUGGAUACAAAAGCAGGAUAAUAUGUUCUUGGAAGGGGUUCUGUGAUGUCACCAGUACCCCUCCAGCAUCUCUCCACAUGCCCCCAAUGGCGACUUCACACCUCAUUCUUUCGCAGCAAAAGCAUGGACAGUUGCACACAGUAAAGAGGUUGUCCUGACCGUCAGACAGCAGGACCCCACAGCUCUUCAAUGUUGCGUCUGAUACUGCUCCAUAACAGACACUCAAAUACCCCUCAAUAUCCAACAGCAUAAACGUGCAAAUUGUGUUUCAUCGCUUCCUCUGUGGUUAGCCGUCAACAGUUGCUCUUUCAUUGUGCAAAGUUGUGGGUCUGGAACCAGUAAGAACAAUUAUUUUGUUUUGGUCCUGUUUUGUUUCCUCAUUUUGUCAUGAAAGGACUGCUUUGUAAUUUCAGUUUAAUAAUCAGAGUGGAGCCGACAACAAUGUUUGUAUAGAGGUGGCUAGCUAUGCUCAUGUGGUGCCAAACUGCUCAGUGCAAUGAAACGACAAGAAGUACUUUCUGUUUAAAUGUAGACACAACGAAUGCCAUUUUUUGAAGGAAAUGUGAUUGUUAUUUGGCUGUGAUGUGAUCUCAUUAGUAUUUGUAGGUAUUUGUCCGAAAAGUGUGGUUCUAGCUGGUACAUUUGUACAUUUGGAUGGAUAAUAAAAUGAUCAAUAUCAACCUACUGAUGGCAUCUAAAACAUUAAAGGGACAGUUCACCCAAAAAUGAAAAUUCUCUCAUGUACUCACCCUCAUGCCGUCCCAGAUGUGUGACUUUCUUUCUUCUGCAGAACACAAAUUAAGAUUUUUAGAAGAAUAUCUCAGCUCUGUUGGUCCGUACAAUGCAAGUGAAUGGUGGCCAGAACUUUGAAGGUCCAAAAAGCACAUAAAGGCAACAUAAAAUUAAUCCAUACGACUCCAGUAGUUAAAUCCAUAUUUUCAGAAGCAAUAUGAUAGUUGUGGGUGAAAAAACAGAUCCAUAUUUAAGUCCUUUUUUCCUAUAAAGCUUCACAAUUUCACUUCUUCUUUUGUUUUUGGCAACUUGCAUUCUUUGCGCAUAUCGCCACUUACUGGGAAGUGAGAAUAAUUUAUGUAAAAAAGGACUUAAAUAUUGAUCUGUUUAUCACCUACACUUCUAAAGCUAUGCAUUUAACAACUGGAGUCGUAUGGAUUACUUUUUUGCUACCUUUAUGUGCUUUUUGGACCUUCAAAGUUCUGGCCACCAUUCACUUGCAUUGUAUGGACCUACAGAGCUGAAAUAUUCUUCUAAAGAUCUUCAUUUUUGUGUUCAGCAGAAGAAAGAAAGUCAUUCAAAUCUGGGAUGGCAUGAGGGUGAAUAAAUGAUGAGAGAGUUUUAAUUUUGGGGUGAACUGUCCCUUUAAGCCAUUUACACAUACAACUUAGAGACAUACAGAUAUUUACAAAUCUAGUUACAGGAUUUGUAAAGCUUCGAACGUCUCUUAAGUUGUUCAUAUGUUAAAGCGUGUACAUAUACUGUAAGAUGCUAUCAGUAUAUUGAUAUUGUACAGUUUUAGUGUAUAUCCAAAUGUACAAAAACGUGUAAACAUUUAUGUAAAAAUGCCUACCAAUUCAAAUGAGAUUACCCUAGAAUAAUAACUGAUGUUGAAAUGCAUGAGUGGCAUUUCACCCUCUGCUGUGCUGUCUGUUGUGUCAAUGUUCAUUUGUUACUUGAUGUAAAGGGACUCAAGCUAUAGAUACUGUACAGAUAAUGUGUAAAAAAGACAAAUUAGUUCAGUUUUUCUAAUGCUCUUUAUUGAUGUAUCUUCCAUUACAAGGGGAAUUUUGAUAAAUAUGGUAACAAUAUAUGUUAUUUAAGUAACCUAUUUAACUAUUUAAUCAAAAUAUCCCACCAUGUCUGAUUAGGUAGAACACUGCUUCCUCUCAAGGCCAACAGACAGCACCACCCAUUGGCCAUCAGGUCCACUUUCAUGAUGGUGUGGAUUCAACAUCAUAUAAUGAAAGUAAAAAAAAUAGGCAGCCAUGUUAAGGCUCUUAUAUGGGUUGUACUUAAACCUGGGGCCAUUCCACUCACUCUUGUAAGUUGUUUUUGAACUGCUUCUUUCCCACAGAAAGCAUGGACAGGCCCACCUCUGUGGUUUCAACAAUAAAAGUGCACAAAGUUUUCUCAAACGGAAUAAAAUCCACAUUGAGAAUUGCCAGUCCUCUGUCAAAAUGCUAAAUUUUUAGUGGUUUAAGAUGAAAAACGUAGUACUGUACAGUAUUACUGUCAGAUAAAAAGUUUAGUACUGUAUAUUUGGGUAUAUACUGUACGUUCCCUUACGUUUUCACCCAGUUUGGCACUUUGUGAAAUUGUGAUCUUACACAUGAAUUUUCAUGAAGUGCAAUGGCAUUUUAGUUGUUCAGUAUAUAGUGCUAUUCAAGGCCUACUAUGCCAUUGUGAAUAUUAGCCAGAUAAAAUGUGGAAUCUUCAAACAAUGGCUUCAGUAUUUGAGAUAAAUACAGGUAAAUUCCCAUGUAGGAUUUAAGAUGGUAUGCUAAAUGUAUAUGUGCUUAGGCCCAUUUGAAUGUUUGUAUAUACUUGCUCUAUGUUCGCCAUGACCUACCCUUAAAUUAUUUGCCCCGUUUUGCAACUGUUGUGUUUUGUUGUUUACCGCUGUCUCUGUCUAAAGGUGUGCUCACAAUAGGCUUUGAACAUGUGAAAUUACUGCGGACAACGAAUAUCAGCAUAUAAUGUCAAACACUAGGGAUUCUGUUUUUAAUAGAUAUAAUAAAAAACACUGUAACAACACUGCAAGCAAUACAACAUUGAAGUUUGUAUUCUUUAUAAUGAGCCAAGGGGUCUUUAUUUCACAAAACUGGAGUAAAAUGGCUACAAAAUUCACAUUUGUGUGCAAUUUAUGUUGAAGAAUAAAACAUGAUAGUGUCUUCAAUGUAUGUUAGCCAUAUAGCUACCUUAUUUUACCUCAUAAAUUGAAAACCGCUAUUCUAAAAACCCAAUGGAAAUUCCAAAGGGAAAAUGGUGAUUCUCUUCUGGGUUUUAAGACUCGCCAAACUUGAACUUUGGAAGUUUUAGUAGCUGGCCAAAUUUGUGCUUUGGUUCGUAAUGGGAGACGAAACUUCUUUGCAAGAGUUAGUGUUUCUAUUCUUCUGCAUUUACAUGCAUAUAAAUGAAAGUGAAUGGAGUGAAAAGUUUAGUGUGAGUACACCUUUCGCUUUCUGCCAUUUUGGCACUUUUUCUUUGACACAUGGUGUGUACUGAACUGAAAUGGAUCUUUAGUUAUUUUUGGCAGAAAUCAGAGCGGAUCUGUAAUGUUAUGAUGAUGAAGAUAUUUGAGAAGCACAAUUUGAUAGAUUGGUAAUUAUUGUUUUAUUGCAAUAUGAUUUAAAGUGUGGCCAAAGUGUUUUCAACCAACAUAUGACAAUAAAUGUACUGUCUGCCUUUGUUUACCAUGAAUGGAUUUCAGCAUCAGGGAAACAAACUCGUAUCAGAUGUAAAAGCUCAUUUGUGUGCAUUAUUUUACAAUGUAUAUCAGCUGAUAAAUACCAAAUGUGUUCUGUUGAAAUAAAUAUUUUUUACAUGCUG